AUGGCCCUCCCAAAGUGGCUCGUUGCGGGCCUCUCACUGGCUACCGUCCUCCUCAGCGCCCCGGUCAAUGGCCUGCCCGCUGUUCCUCGCGCCGAGGAGAGCGACGUGCCUGCCUUCCUCUUCAUCGACCAGCUCAUCGCCAACCUCACCGAGGCUGCCGAAGUCGCUGAGUCUACCACCAAGCGUGGCCUCACUUGCUCUGCUGCCAGCUCUCGCACCGUGAACCUUGGAUAUGCCAAGUAUCAGGGCUAUGCCGAUAGUGCCUCUGGCUUGAAUGUUUGGAAAGGCGCGUGCGCCGCCCUCGGCGAUUUUUCCACCCGUCUUUUAGCAUCCGCUAUGCCCUCCCCCACCGGGGACCUCCGCUGGCAGGCGCCUUUGAUGCCCCCUCUGAACCUAGCUGCUGCCGUCCAGCAGGCCAACACCCUCGGCCCUGCCUGCCCCCAGGCCUUGCCCUCCGGCCCCGGCAUGCCCUUCAUCCCCGGUGACGAGGACUGCCUCUUCCUCAACGUCUACGCUCCUUCCAACGCCCAGAACCUGCCCGUCCUCGUCUGGAUCCACGGCGGUGGCUAUGGCUUCGGUGAUGGCAGCCAGGACAUGACUGAGAUCAUCAACGCCAACAACAAGGGCUUCGUCGUCGUCUCCAUCCAGUAUCGUGUCCGCAGCAAGGGUGUCGUCAACGCCGGUCUCCUCGACCAGGCCCUUGCUCUCGCCUGGAUCAAGAUCUUCAUCUGCCAGUUCGGCGGUGACCCGACCCGCGUAACCAUCUCUGGCGAGUCCGCCGGCGCCUCUUCCGUCAUGUACCAGGGCCUUGCCUACAAGUACGACGCCAGCUUCAACACCAAGAACUACUACUCCCUCUCCUCCAAGCUCGGCUGCGGCGCCUCCGGCAACGUCUUCAACUGCCUCAAGGGCAAGGCCACCAUGGACCUCCAGCAGGCCAACUACGAGGUCACUCAGGAGCAGCCCUCCGGUUUCUGGGCCUACUACCCCGCCACCGACAACGCCUACAUCACCACUCGCGCCACCCAGCAGCUCACCCAGAAGAAGGUCAACGGUGAUCGCCUUCUCGUCAGCAACGUCGCCAACGAGGGUCCCCUCUUCGUUCCCCACACCAUCACCACCGAGGCCGACCUGAAGGCUUGGCUCGCCCUCGAGUUCCCCAACUUCACCACCGCCCAGAUCAACUCCGUCCUCGCCGCCAACCCCAACUCCGCCGUUACCAGCGCCACCGGCCCUCGCUACGAGACCAACGGCGUCUCCGGUGCCAACCACCUCCAGGUCAGCGCCGACGCCAACGGCCAGCAGCAGCGCGGCAACGCCAUCCUCGGCGAGAGCACCUUUGUCUGCCCUAGCUACUGGAUGGCCGAGGCCUAUACCGGCAACUCCAAGAAGGCCUACCACUACCAGAUGAGCGUUCCCUUCUCCUCCCACGCUACCGACGUCGCCGUCAUCUUCGGCCCCAGGCCCGAGAACGUCGGCGCUGACUACGCCCUUGCCGUCCAACGUAUCUGGGGCAACUUCGUCACCGGCAGCAACCCCUCCAUCACCAACGCCAUCGCCAACGGCGCCUCUUCUUCCAGCCCUUCCGCGUCCAACCCCGCGUCCGCCUGGCCCGCCUGGACCGUCUCUAACCCUCAGCUGGUCAACCUCAACCAGACCGGAGGUGUCGCCUAUACCGCCACUUCCCAGUGGGGCACCAGCGUCACCCAGUUCAAGGCUCCCGGCCAGCUUAACGCCAUCUCUGCCAGCAACGCCGACACCUGGGAGGGUGGCCGUGGCACGAGGUGCGACUUCUGGCUCGGCAUCUCCGCCAGCAUCCCCUCUUAA